AUGGCUACGGUAGGAGAAAGUCUCUCCCCAGCUACUUUUGAGAAAGGCAUGAAAGCAGGAUCUGAAAGGAUCGUUCGCAAUCAGAGUGAUAUUUUCUCGUUGAAGACACAAACUAGCGUCGAAUCGUCGAUAUUCUCGGUGAACGGCUCGCCUUCCAGAAAGGUAAUUUAUAGGAGAGUAGUAAGUCCCAGUAACGUAUUCCCAUUUGACAAAACACACACCGAACCCCUGCAAAUAUCGGAAAGCCACUGGACAGGGUGAACGACUCGAAGGAAUAUUGCGAUUUGAAGAGACCAUCGAGUUCGAUCAGAAAUCCAUUGACAGGAACUGGACUCAAUUCCAAUGACGAAUACAGGUUUAAAGGAACCAAACGAAGAGAUGGGAAUCCUGUGCUAGGCGUAGGUUAUACUCCCGAAGCGAUGCCAUCUUCCCAGAGAAUACCUCCUGGUGGAUACUCUCACAAGCUUUGGUGAUGAUCACUUUAUGCAAGAAUAAAUUCCCAGUGACACCUUUUGAAUUACACAUAUGUAAAUGUAAUAAUGGAAUGGAGUAAGAAAAGAUAAAGUACUGGAAAUGACAAAGGGGUAUUAUCUAAAAUGUUAAUUUUAACGGAAUAUCAUUCUUUUC